GGUCUUUCCAGCCUCCUCAACGAAAACACGUGUGUGAUGCGAUUUUUUUUUCCCCUUUAGACACAAAGGUAUUUAGAUAUGGCUGCUAUUUACUCUGGCAUCCAUCUGAAACUGAAAAACCCUCGCACACCCUGGACAGACAAAUUGAAACUUGUUCGAUUUGCAUGGGUAUCAACACAGUGCCUUCUUCCUAAUAAAGAGCAGGUUCUUUUUGACUGGACAAGUCAUGCUCUCACUUGUUUUUACAAUAAGAAAGUGGAGGUGCCCUUGGAGGUGGUGGAGGGUUUAUGGACCUACCUUGAUGAUAUUCUUCACAGCAGGAAGCUUCAUAAUUUGCAGAGUGAGGGGAAAACCAUCAGCCUUCGUCUCACAGUAGCACAGAUGAUCAAUGAGAGGAUUUUGGAAUGUACUACAGGGCUGACCUCUGUGAGUCUUCACACUGUUCUGAGUUGUUGUCAUGGCAUCUUGACCUCUCCAGUCCUCUCUGUGACCUACACUGCUAACUAUGCAUUGCUGGUGGAGCUCAUAGCUCGACUCUCUGGCUUGGCCAGCAAUCAGCUCAGGAAACAAAUAUCUGAUGAGCCUCUCUCACUCAAAGUCUUUGAGGUCCUCCUCCUUGUUCUCAGCACCUACCUUCCUGUUCAGAAACAGCAGGCCAACUCCAACCGAGUGUUUUCCCAAGUAACUGCAAACAUUCUUCAGCCUCUUUUCCUGCUCAGACACUUACUUAACACAAGGGUAUGGACUGAGAAGGACGACAUUAAGAUUCGACAGAAUCUGAGCAAGGAAAUCCGAAGCAAAGUAGAUACUAUUCUUCAGUCAGCUCUCUUCAUCCCUGAUCAUUUACAGUCUUACAAGGAAGAAGUUUUGCCUUCAGAGAAUGAAGCCAGUGCCAAAAAGAGUCAAGCAGGCAAGGGCUUGCUAGGCCCUGUCAAUAUGAUUCUAUCAAAACUUUGUGUCCAAGGAGAUAACGAUGAGGAGGAGGCUGCAUUAUUUUAUGCUGUUAAAACAAACUCUCUCUCUCUGCUCUUUAAAUUUGCCCUCGAUUCAUUUUACAAUGGGGGAGAAAACAAGCAAGUGUGCUUCCAUCUCAUGACUAAGCUCAUUAUCGCUUUAGGCUUCACAGAUGAGCUUGAUAUCAAGGAGACUUUCAGUGCAUCGAACUGGGGUCUCGCUUUGCUCACUUUGGAGAACCUCCUGAACUCCUGUUUGGCUGGCAAUAUCUACAAUGUAGCUACAGACAGAAUACAACAUGGAGAAGUGCAGUUCAAGUUUUACCGGAAACUGGCUCAGCUUUUAUUUAACAAUACGCAGAUGGCCAUCCCAGCCUGGUACCGCUGUCUCAGAUCUCUUCUCAUGCUGAAUCACCAUAUCCUGGAGCCAGAUUUAGAUGAGCUUAUUUCAACUGGGUGGGUUGAUUCAGACAACAUGGAACAACGGGUUAGAAAGGCCAGAGAAGCACUUGUGUCUGCUGUUUUGCAAACUUAUGCAAAACUUAGACAGAUGCCCAAACUUAUUGAAGAGCUGCUCGACGUAGUCUGUCGGCCAGCAGCGGAUGAUCUGAGGCCACCCCUGUUGCCUGAGACUAUACAGAAGACCCUGAGUCAGAGUCUGCUAGACAAUCCUCCUGGCCAAAAUCUUGAAAUCUGCUGGCUCAUUUUAAAAAGGAUGCAGAGCUAUCUGCUCCCCCACAUGCAGGAACAAACAGAGGAUUUGGCACUGAAAAUGUUUUCUGUGAGUUCGCUCCUCUAUGCUGUACUGUUCAGUUUUAAGACCCUGGACAACAGCACCAUGAUGCCAAUUGUGAAGCAGACUCAGAAUCUGAUGGAGGAGAUGCUGAAGAUUGUUGAAGACUUGUUGAGGCACUUUGAGGAGAACUUGGUCACAGAAUGUCCAUGGAGGCAAAAGAUCCUAGAGGUGACCCUUCUCCUUACAUACAUUUGGGUUGAGGUGGAUACGCUUUUUCAGAUUCACUGUAUUAAGUACACAUCCCUUGCUGCCUCAGAGAGUGGUGUCACGAUUAGUUUAGUGGAGAGAGCCUUGACACUAGAGAACAUGGACUGCCAGGUCAUUAGUCCAGUUGGUAAACUUCUACAGAAACUGCUCUCUCUACACAAACUGAAGAAACUCUUGCUCAAAUCAUCUACUGUAUCAUCAGAUGAAAAUAUAACAGAUGUUCUUCAGAAAACAGCCCAGUUCAUCAUCGACAGACAAGAACAUUCAGUAAUGCUCAACGUUGACCAGAUUUGGGAUCUCCAGCUUUGUAGUGUCAACACUGACACAUUUAUGGCAGCUCACUGGUUUCUUAUAAUAUCCAACCUUCCAUUAAUUGUCCCUCAUCUCAAGCAGAACAACAUAUCUGAUUUAGCAGACUUCAUGUUGAAGUCUUUGCUUCAGAGCUUGCAUGGUUCUGGAAACAAUUUGGAGAAUGAUGGAAUCUCUGUCUGCUCAAUAUCCAGAGAACUACUUGAGGGUCCAAUUCUUUGCGAGCUCCCUGAAUUGUUCUCAGCAGUGGUAAAGUGUAUCAUCAAGGCAUUUUUUGGACUGCUCGACGCUUCACAUGUGGAGUUAAUCAGUCCUUCAUUUUUUAAAUCAUCUGCAGAAGUAAGCAUUGGAGUUGAAGGUGAAGUGUCUAUGACAUCGUCUCUGAAGAGAUUGAAGGCCAUUGGACAAGAGAUUUUAGACUCUGUCAAAACGGGUUCUUCCAUACCUUUAUCUGAAACACAGGUAGAUGGUUUACUGCAGUUACUCACAGUCACAAGAAUGCUGAAUAGAUGCACAAUGUUCUCUGAAGAUUAUUCAGAGCUUUUUCUAAGCUUGUACACAAUGACUGUUUUUGUGAAGUGUGAUGAAAGCAUGGAGCCCUUGUUAGCUAUUAGAUUCCUGAGGGAGCUUUUUAAGGCCAUGGCUUCACUCCUGGUGGUUACAAAUUCUCAAACAAUCUUGAAAGCUGUGCAUGGAAGUAAUCUGCUAGAGGUAGCUGUGACAUCCCUCUUCUCUCGUAGCUCUAAGGGCCUCUUUAAGAUUGUCUCUGACUCAACCUGGUUAUCUUUUGUGGACUCCAUUAAAGACUUUAUCCAGUGCCUAAUACAGCUCAUAAUUGAAAGGAGGAGCAGUGCUUGCCUCAAUCUGGAGAAGUUUACCUCUUUCAUGGUUGAGAGUAAUAUUGCUGUGAGAGGUCUGUCUUUAAACGCAGUGGGGCAAUCUAAGUGGGAUCUCUGCUCAUUACAACUCCAUCUGGUAACUUUGAGCACACUUUGCAAUGAAAUGAUCGCAACCCUGGGGAAGAACAAACAGUUGGAUGGAUCUCUGACUUGUUUGUUAGAAAAGGCCACUUCUGUGAUGGAGCCAGACAUUCAGGCUGUGCUUAUGGGCAAAGAAAGUGGUCUUCUCAGGCAGUCAUUCUCUGUUGAAAUGGUGACCGUCAUGAUCAGGAGUGAGCUAGCAAGAGCCUCCCACCUGUUUCAGAGUGGUUCUGAGGACCACAGGCAGGAGAGAAUAUCCCGCAUGUCAUUCUACCGGAGCUUUUGCCAGCAGAUCUUAAAGGAACUGUAUCCAUCACCUCGGCCUAUGGACUUCCUUAUUUCCUCAAUUCGCUAUCUCUCUGCAUUCUAUACGGCUGCUGAAAGGACCAAAGCAGCUGACUUGGGAGAACUGAAUGUUGAGAUUUUGCAGAGUGUCCAUGCACUGCUGUCAGGUACUUGGAUGUCUUUGUCAGAGGUAAAGGAGCUUGAAGAGCCAGUAAAGGAGCUUUUUAAUCAGCUGGUGGCCAACUGUUCUCAAGAGCAGUUCCAUUUGUUACUGCUGAUACUCAGAGAGGGGCUUGUGGCAUCAAAGGUUGAAGGAGGCCUCCACAAUGAGGUUUUGUCAGCUGUGACUCUAACAAAGCUGCUUGCCUGCUGUCAGUUUCCAGAGCAUUGCUCAAAAGCAUUUUGGCGCAUCAUUCCGCAAAUCAUAUCUACUCUCAUUUUUCUGAUAAAGGAGUCCAGCAAGCUGCGUUCCCUGACCCGUGUUCUGACUGUGCCAACCCUCGAGGCUCUGACUGUCCUGCUCCGGAAGGGUGAAGCACACCUCUCUAAUCCACACCAUGUCAUUAUGGUGCUUGGUGCUCUGCAGUUUGUGCCUCUUGACAGUCAUUCUCUGGAGGACUACCAUGCUGCUUUUGAGGCUAUUCAUGAAGCUCUGUUUGCAGUUAUCUUUUGCUAUCCUCAGGUGAUGCUGAAGGCUUCCCCCACCUUCCUGAAUUGCUUUUAUCGUUUGGUUUCAUCAGUCAUGCAUGAAGGCAGACAGAGGGUUGAGUCUGACAGAGUCUCUGAGAAAGACAGAGAGAGUCUUCUGAAGUGUGCCAGACUGGUGGAGAGGAUGUACACUCAUAUUGCCGGUGCAGCUGAAAAUUUCACAGUCCUGUCCUCGUUCAUGGUUGCACAAUAUGUCAGUGAACUACAGAGGGUGACGCUUCAGCCAGAAAUCAAAGCACAUCUAACAGAGGGCAUUUACUGUAUCCUGGACUGCUGUGUUGAACAAGAUAUUACAUUUCUGAACACCACCCUUCAAAUGGGUGUCAAGGAAGUGUUUAAUGAACUGUACAAUAGUUUCACACACUAUCAUAAAUCUCAAAGACAAGGGGAAGAAAAGUACACCAUCUGACAAUUUCAUCCUCAAACUGUCUGAAUCAAGUGACUAAAUCUGUAUUAAGUAUUUUUAUGUACUAUGUAAAAAGUCUGUCAAUUCCUAAAUAAACAACAACAAUUCAGUAGUCUAUAAUUUUAUAGUCAAGGUUAUUCCUAGAAACAUUUGAAAACAAAAAUGUAAUGGAGUGUUUUUUGCUAAAUGUGGGGGGACAAACUAUAUAACAUUGUCUCACUCUUUUGUACUUGACCAAUUAAAUACACUAAUCAAUA